CUUUGUUGGCAACUGUAUAUCUUCUUUCACUGCCUUUGUCAAGAGAGAAAGAGACUCAAGAGGACUUCCCUCUUCGUUCUGGGCUUUUCCAGAUGAGCGGACGGCAAAAAAGUCAAUGCAGCAUGACGAAUUCUGAACAUUUGAUUGCUAUGGACUAGGAAGAGGGAUCUAGGAUCUAGUCCAGAGACAUGACCACAUUUCCUAAAUUAGGAGGUGUCCUCAGACCUAUUAAACCAUCCUGUGUGGAAGAAAUCAGUGUUUUUGUGUCAGAUAACCAAGAAUAUGAAACUGAACUAUCUGAACUUGCCCAUGAGAAAGAAGAAGCAGAGAGCCCAAAAACGGAAGAAGUGCCUGUCAUCACUAUUCACGUGCCUGUCAACAAUGAGGAACACUCGAACUGCGAUGUUGAACUCAUGUACGUCCCUAAGAGUGCUAUUCCCGCUGAUUGCAAUGUCCAAGUUAACAAGAUGGAAGAAUCAGUGUUUGUGGUCUCGGCCAACCGCGGCAAACGCAAAAGCCCAUCAGCUCCGGCUCCAGCCUCGAAAAGAUUGAAAAUUGACCCUCCGCAGCCUCCGCCCAAAACUAAACCGAAGACCGCCCCGGUCUGGGAGAGAUUAGUACCGAAGCCUCCAGGAUCGGUCUCAAACUACCUUUUUCCUCACGAACUGCGCUCCACCCGCACCAGACUGAUCAUCGACUGUCCCACUAACAUCCCUGUCCCCGAAUUCAAGUCACAGUUGGCGGAUACUAGGGACAUUGUGACAACGAUGGACCUUGCGCCCGCCUCGAAAAAAAAAGUGAAGGAGCUAAACACCAACAGUGUGUCCAAGCUGUUUGCUUACCCUGGCAAAACGCACCUGAGCCCCACCCUCCGUCGCUUGUAUCAAAGACACCUGACUAGCAGUUUCACUACACACGAACCAAUCACCGACCUCAACCUGCUGUCCUUAGACCCCAACCAACCUAUCAGAUAUUCUAAGAGUGCCAGUGGCGCAGCGCGCAAUGUAAAUACCGCUGCUGCUGCUGCUGCUAAUCCUCCUGCUUCGCUUGCUGUUGAACCCAAGCCAACUCCUGUUGAGGAAGAAGACACUCAGGAGGAGCCUCAGCAACAAGUGAUGCGCUUCCUCAUUGAAAGAGACAAUGCUGAACCACAGGAAAUUAUUGUCCUUCACGACGGAGUAGAGCCAGAGGAGUCAAUGCAGAUGAUCUUGGCUGCGGCUGCUGAGGGUGGUGAGAUAACUGAUAAAAACCACAUGUUUUUGUGUGAUGGUGCGGAUGGCGAGUACAUAAUUGUGCAGAAUGGUGCUGUGGAAGGUGGUGAAGUGGUUCUGACUUAAUUGGCAGCAGCAGUUUUGGUUAGAAAAUUUUUAAUUGCAAUUGCACUGAAUCUCUUGUCAAGGUUGUAUAUUUUUAUUUUAAGUUGCCAAGGAGGCGACAAAUUUUUUAGUAUUGAUAUAUUAAAUUUAAAUGACCUGCAGGUGUGUUGAAGAAUGCAGUAAACACCACUUAACACUGAUAUUGAAUUGGGUUGUUUAUCGUGUUUAUGAAAUAUAUUCAACACAUUUAUGAAAUAUAACAAAUUAUGUCCUGAAGA